AUGGCGGUUCCGCUGAAGAAGAGUGAGUCCGACAAGGCGGCGAACGAAAUAGAACACGACUACCGACCGAUCAAUUGGAAGAGGGUCUUCUUGACGCCAAAGUACAUACCACUCCACAUUAUUGGUAUCCUCGUUGCCGUUGCUACGGCUCUCAUUACCAUUCACCACGAUGAAGUAGUCGAUAAAUUGCUGCCGUUCUCAGAGAAGGUCCGCGACCUUCCAGGUGGCUUCCUUAUCCCUAUCUUCAUCUUGAUUAUAAUUUCGUUCCCGCCUCUGUUCGGCCACGAGAUCGUCGCACUCCUAUGCGGUAUCGUGUAUGGACUAUGGAUCGGUUUCGGCGUCGUGUCCGCCGGCACGUUCUUCGGCGAGAUUGGGACCUGGUUUGCCUUCAAGAAAUUCUUGAGGAAUAAGGCUAUCAAGAUGGAACGGACAAAUCUCAACUACGGCGCCAUGGCACGCAUCACUCGAGAUGGCGGAUUCUGGAUUGUCUUUAUCAUCCGACUGUCCGUGAUACCUUCGCAUUUCUCGACGGCAGUGUUUUCGACAUGCGAUGUCAAAUUCUGGCACUUCACUGUCUCGACCUUCCUAACGCUCCCGAAGCAACUCAUCCUCGUCUACCUGGGUGUGCUACUCGUACAACAAGGCAAGCAAGAUAGUAACAGCACGAUCAAGACCGUUGUUUUCAUCGCCGCUUUUAUUAUCACGAUCGCGCUGGGCGUCUAUAUUUGGUACAAGAUGCGGAAGGUCAAGAAGGUGUUAUUGGACGAGCAAGCGGAUAGGAGGAUGCAGCGUGAUGCCGCCAAGGCUUAUGAUCAAGUGCUGGCUAAUGAUGACGAGUCUAUGAGGCGGCAAGGGUUUAUUUAG